UUUUAUUUUCAUCUCAUCUAAAAAAGAAAUUGUGGAGGUUGAAUAUUGAGUGUCCUGGGAGGUCACAUUGCUGUCAGACAUGGCUGCUGGACAUGGUCACGAACACGGACAUGGUCAUGGUAAAAUGGAACUUCCAGAUUACAGACAGUGGAGAAUUGAAGGGACGCCAUUAGAAGCAAUGCAGAAGAAGCUUGCUGCACGAGGGCUGAGGGAUCCAUGGGCUCGCAAUGAGGCUUGGAGAUACAUGGGCGGCUUUGCAGACAAUAUCACCUUCACGAGCGUAAUGUUAAAAGGAUUCAAAUGGGGGUUUGCUGCGUUUGUGGUAGCUUUAGGGGCCGAGUAUUUCCUGACUUCCCAUGAGGUUAAGAAGCAUCACUGAAGAGAGCACCUGUGACGUCUUCCAUGAAAAUAAGAUUUCUCUCACCAUAGCAUCCUUGGCUGUGUGUCUGUCCUUGAAAGAAUAUUGUAUGGUUUAAUAAAGCAAGAAAAACUGUG